AUGGCAGAGUUCCCCGGACAGUUCGGAUUUUCAGUCUCACACACGACACGAGAGCCUCGUGCAGGGGAGGAGGCUGGAAUAGACUAUCACUUCGUGGCACGUGAUCAGAUGCAGCGAGACAUAGAAGCCGGCCUCUUUGUGGAGCACGCAGAGGUGCAUGGCAACCUGUAUGGAACCUCCAUCGAAGCAGUGCAGGCCGUCACUCGCCAGGGAAAGGUAUGCUUACUUGACAUCGACGUGCAAGGCGCCGAAUCUGUGCGCCAGUCUGCGCUGGCAGGUACGUGCUCCUUCGUGUUCUUUGCACCGCCGACGGCAGCAGUUCUGGAGCAACGGCUGCGCGGGAGAGGGACUGAAACCGAAGAGAAGAUCCAGAAGAGGCUGUCCAAUUCCUUGAAGGAGCUGGCAAUCUACGAAGCAAAUCCCGGAGCGUGGGAUCUAACUCUCCAAUGGUACAACGAGCAAGUAGAGGAUGCAUACCAGGAGUUUCGAAGUUUUUUGGCGGGCCAACUUCCGAAAGUUGCAUCACCUGAGCAGAUCGCCACUGUUCGCAACUCUCCUGCCUUCCAGGGUGGAGCAUGUGUCAUCACAGGUCCGAGUGGAGUUGGCAAGUCCACGCUGAUCAAGAAGCUGAUGGCAGAGUUCCCCGGACAGUUCGGAUUCUCAGUCUCACACACGACACGAGAGCCUCGUGCAGGGGAGGAGGCUGGAAUAGACUAUCACUUCGUGGCACGUGAUCAGAUGCAGCGAGACAUAGAAGCCGGCCUCUUUGUGGAGCACGCAGAGGUGCACGGCAACCUGUAUGGAACCUCCAUCGAAGCAGUGCAGGCCGUCACUCGCCAGGGAAAGGUAUGCUUACUUGACAUCGACGUGCAAGGCGCCGAAUCUGUGCGCCAGUCUGCGCUGGCAGGUACGUGCUCCUUCGUGUUCUUUGCACCGCCGACGGCAGCAGUUCUGGAGCAACGGCUGCGCGGGAGAGGGACUGAAACCGAAGAGAAGAUCCAGAAGAGGCUGUCCAAUUCCUUGAAGGAGCUGGCAAUCUACGAAGCAAAUCCCGGAGCGUGGGAUCUAACUCUCCAAUGGUACAACGAGCAAGUAGAGGAUGCAUACCAGGAGUUUCGAAGUUUUUUGGCGGGCCAACUUCCGAAAGUUGCAUCACCUGAGCAGAUCGCCACUGUCAUCACAGGUCCGAGUGGAGUUGGCAAGUCCACGCUGAUCAAGAAGCUGAUGGCAGAGUUCCCCGGACAGUUCGGAUUUUCAGUCUCACACACGACACGAGAGCCUCGUGCAGGGGAGGAGGCUGGAAUAGACUAUCACUUCGUGGCACGUGAUCAGAUGCAGCGAGACAUAGAAGCCGGCCUCUUUGUGGAGCACGCAGAGGUGCAUGGCAACCUGUAUGGAACCUCCAUCGAAGCAGUGCAGGCCGUCACUCGCCAGGGAAAGGUAUGCUUACUUGACAUCGACGUGCAAGGCGCCGAAUCUGUGCGCCAGUCUGCGCUGGCAGGUACGUGCUCCUUCGUGUUCUUUGCACCGCCGACGGCAGCAGUUCUGGAGCAACGGCUGCGCGGGAGAGGGACUGAAACCGAAGAGAAGAUCCAGAAGAGGCUGUCCAAUUCCUUGAAGGAGCUGGCAAUCUACGAAGCAAAUCCCGGAGCGUGGGAUCUAACUCUCCAAUGGUACAACGAGCAAGUAGAGGAUGCAUACCAGGAGUUUCGAAGUUUUGUGGCGGGCCAACUUGUGAAGAGCUCCGAGCUUUCAGCAUCCAGCAGCUUCCGGACAAACGACGUGUGA